UCACGCCAGCUACCUGUGCGGACCACCUGAUUCUUGUCAUUUUCUUUUCUUUAUUAUUUGUACAGGGUAACCUUGAAUUGUAAACUUUUCCCUUUUUUUUUCUACAUAGGAAACAAUGUCGCUCGCAUCCGGUGUCACAGUUCAGGAUGAGUGCAUCACUGCAUUCAAUUCUUUCCGCAUGACCGGCGGUACCAAGGGAUCUAAGCCCAAGUUCAUCAUCUUCAAGAUCUCUGACAACAAGAAGGAGGUUGUCGUUGAUGAGGUCUCGGAAGAGCAGGACUAUGAGGUCUUCCGCAACAGGCUCGAAGCCGCAAAGGAUGCUCGAGGCAACCCUGCUCCUCGUUAUGCGGUCUACGAUGUCGAGUACGAUCUAGGUGGUGGUGAGGGCAAGAGGAGCAAGAUUGUUUUCAUCUCUUGGGUUCCCAGCGAAACCCCCACUCUCUGGUCCAUGAUCUACGCCAGCACCCGGGAGGUUCUGAAGAACGCGCUCAAUGUUGUCACUUCUAUCCACGCCGAUGACAAGUCUGAAAUCGAGUGGAAGGCUGUUCUCGCCGAGGCCAGCGGUGGAAAGGCCAAAUAGACGACGGCGUCGGGCUGGGUCCGGGCCAAGUGACUGUGGGCGUGGGUUGGGUUCAUGCACUGGUGCACUACUCCGACUGAACUUCGCGGAGUGCCGAUGACGUUCCCUGCACGCAUUUAGUUCAAUAUGAGAUCGUUACGACUUGACUGCCUUGAUAGUGACCGUAUCUUUUCUUUGCGAUCGUGGCACUCUCAUCAGUGAACGAGCGUUUGGGAGGGCUGCAUUUUGUCAUUUUCUUUUUCCUUCUUCAGCGUUUCGCCUGUACAGAAUACUGAUGCCUGCUAUGUGGUCGAACUCCAGCGGUUCGGUGUAGAGUAGGGAGACAUAGGAGACACGAUAUUACCUCCAUAUAAAGGAUUCCUAAAGCCUGGGUUGGCUGGUUGGUUGUGAGUAGGGGCGGGAGUUACUAGCGUCCAAGCGUAAA